CCUUGGUGGGGCAGGAUGUUUUUGAGGGGGGGCCCGUUUGGAGCGAGCGCUUCUGCAAUCGAGUGAAUGCGUCAUAGUCAUAUAGAGGGUAGCGUUCUGGUUGUUUGCAUUUACGGUGUGUGCUUAGAGCUGACAUGCUCGCGAUUCUUUCGUUGUGUUCGUUCCUGCUGGUCUGGUGGUUCUUAUCACCUAACAAGAAGACGUCGACAGCACCCGGACCCAGGCCGUGGCCCAUCGUCGGCAGCAUCCACCUGCUGGGACAGCACGAGACACCCUUCCAGGCGUUCACCGAACUGAGCAAGAUUUAUGGGGACAUUUUCAGCAUCAAUCUGGGCACCGUGCCGUGCGUCGUCGUGAACAAUUUGCAACUGAUCAAGGAGGUCCUGGUGGCCAAGGGUGCGGAUUUCGGUGGCAGGCCCGACUUCAUGAGGUUCCACAAACUGUUCGGCGGCGACCGGAACAACUCUUUGGCACUGUGUGACUGGUCCUCAUUACAGAAAACCAGAAGGAACAUCGCGAGAGCUUACUGCUCUCCCAAGUUCACUUCCCUGCAAUGUGACAAAGUGAAAGCUGUGGCUCUGGAGGAACUCAAAGUUUUCCUCACCGAGCUGAAUAAAUUACCAUUGGACGAACCUGUAGAUUUGAAACCAAUCGUCCUGAAAGCUUGCGCCAACAUGUUCACCAAAUACAUGUGUUCCACUAGCUUCGCCUACGACGAUAAGGAGUUCAACUUGGUCGUGAGAUAUUUCGACGAAAUAUUCUGGGAGAUCAAUCAGGGUUACGCUGUUGACUUCAUGCCUUGGCUUCUUCCCAUGUACACGGGGCACAUGAACAAGAUCUCGAACUGGGCGACCACGAUCAGAAGCUUCAUCCUCGAAAGGAUCAUAAAUGAACAUGAGGCAACGCUGGAUUACGACGGUAUCCCUAGGGAUUUCACCGAUGCCCUAUUGAUGCAUUUGGCCGAGGACCCUAACAUGAACUGGCAACAUAUAAUCUUUCAAUUGGAAGAUUUCAUCGGUGGACACUCGGCUAUAGGGAAUCUGAUCAUGGUGACCCUGUCGUCCGUCAUCAAGUACCCAGAAGUAGCAGCCAAAAUGCAGAAAGAAGUCGAUGCAGUGACUGGAGGGAACAGAUGCCCGAAUUUGUUCGACAAAGAAGCCAUGCCCUACACUGAAGCAACCAUCAUGGAAGCUUUGAGGCUUGCUUCUUCUCCUAUAGUCCCACAUGUUGCCACAGUCGAUUCUAACAUCGGAGGAUACGCUGUCAAUAAAGGCACCAUGAUAUUCAUCAACAACUACGAACUGAACAUCGGAGAAGACUAUUGGAACGAACCUAACAAAUUCAAACCGGAGCGAUUUAUAUCGGCAGGUGGUCACAUUGUAAAACCGGCACAUUUUAUACCGUUCAGCACAGGAAAAAGAACUUGUAUUGGCCAAAAGUUAGUGCAGUACUUUUGCUUCGUUAUACUGGCCACAUUAGUGCAACACUUCGACAUGUCAGUACCUGUCACGCCGAAGUUGAAGCCCGGAUGUGUUGCCGUUCCCCCUGACUGUUUCAAAUUCAUUUUAAAAGUCAGGGACGUACGGAACAAUGUGUAGUAAUCGCAAUAGAAGAAAGUGUGUCAGAAAAACUUACUGGCGAAAUGGCUCGCUCUGUACGGGAGAAAAGGGACUGGGGCGAAAAUGAAUAGCACUCUUCUAGAUGAGGGUUGAAGUAAGUUCUUCCGCAUCAAGAUUUUCUUACACAUAUUCCAGCUAAGCAUCACUCAUCCCUUUCAUUUAUCAAGUACCUAUUGGAAUUUAUCAUUCAUUGUAUAUAUGUCAUUUAAAUGAAUUGUAAAAACGAAUUUACUAAUUUAUCUCCAGUUAUGGUCCCCCUAUAUAUUGUCCACUAUAAAUGAGACUGAAUAAACUGAGUAUUUUAUUA